AUGGCGGCGCAAGAACCCUUCCGGCGGUGGAAGCCCUUCCUCCCGGCGUUCGCCUCCGUCGACGCGGCCAUCGAGGCCGCCGAGCCGGGCCUCUCCCGUGGCGAGUUCCUGGACGCGAGGCUCAGGAUCUUGGAGAUGCUCUGCGACGCGACGGAUGACGAGGUGGCGGAGGAGCUCUGCGUCGUGCUCGACGACGUGAUGAUCGAGUCGCUCAUGACGCUCGAGAUGGUGCCAGCGAUGCCGGACAUGCUUCGGUCCACCGAUCUCGCCAAGGACGUCGGUGCUCUGAGGAAUCAUAACUCGGAGCGAGUCCGUGACCUCGCCACCGGCAUCGUCCGCGGGUGGAGGGUGUCCGUGAAGGACCAGAUCGUCAAGGCCGCAGCCGCCAUGAAGAAGGUGUCCCAGGUGCUGGAACCCGACGAGACCGACGGCCAUCUUGCCAACAUCCUCGAGCCGUCGGCGCCCAAGAAGACGGCAAACGCACGGGAGCCGUCGUUCCCAAGGAAGGAGAGCACACCGGUUGCCAAGACGGCCGAGAUGGAGCCGCCGCGACAGAAGCCGCCGGCAGCCGCAGGAAGCUUCCGCCGGGAGACUGUCACCGCGUGCAGCGCCGACGAGAAGGCCCCCGUUCAACUCAACGUCGCAAAACGGAAACUCCGCGAAAGUUAUCAGAAAGCAGAGGACGCGAAGCGGCAGCGCACAGUCCAGGUGAUCGAGGCGCCGGAGUGGGCGAAGCAGAGGCAGAGGAAGAUGCAUCCCAUCCUUAGGGAGAGAGCCCAAUCGAGAUGCCCAUCCUCUAGUAUCGGGAGGUCGUUGUCGCGUUGUUGAGUUUAGGGUUCGUUCUUCCUCUUGGUGUGUCAACUGUUGCAAGGUGUACUGCAACUAUAAUCUGAUACGAUAACCGUACCCACCCCUGUAACUUGAUGUGCUUAAUCAAUUCUUUUGAGUAUAAUUCUGCUC